UGGAGAUCAGAGAGCUGUUAGCUGCCAACUGUCUUAUCUAUGAGAAGAAUUUCAGAGUAAAAUAUCGAGACUAAGGAACCACUGGCCUAUGCUCGUGUGCUGCCUGGGUUCCUAACAAGAAAACAGCUACACCAGAACACGUGAUGGUUCUUAUUCUGAGAAUCGGGUAGCUGAUGCAUCUCUGCAAAUUGUUCCUUGAGCCAUGCCCGUGGCUUCUUGCCAGCCGGCAAUGAGAUUUUUAUAUUUCUUAAUUAUUCAAUUACUACCCAUAAGUAGGAGUUUGAAAUCAAACCCAGACGGCUCCAUGACGGAGUGCUCCCUAGAGUCACGGGCACAGGAAAAGUAGUCUCCCACACUGGGAAACCAGGCUGGCAGAAGGGAGGAGGCCAGCGUUGCCAGGCCUGGCUGGGCCACAGGUUCAAGGUCCGGCUUUGCUAUGCGUGGGCUGCCGGAGCCCAGCGCCUCCCUGGGGUCAGGUUUCCCGUCUGAGGAAUCACAAGCCCGCCUCACCGGGUUGUUGUCUAUCUCUGACCUCAAGGACAGCACGCCAAGGCAAUGUGCUCUCUCACGAACGCCUUGUGUGCCGCAGGUGCCAGCAUCUUCCAUUAGCCAGGAGGGAAGAGCCUGGGGACAGCGAGCAGACGGGCGCCCCCGACAGCAACAGCAACCCCGAAGCCCACCUGCCUUCCAUCUGCCUCAAGCAGGUGUUCCCCAAGUACGCGAAGCAGUUCAACUACCUGCGCCUGGUGGACAGGAUGGCGAACUUGUUCAUCCGCUUCCUUGGGAUCAAGGGCACGAUGAAGCUGGGACCCACCGGCUUCCGGACCUUCAUCAGGAAUUGCAAGCUCAGCGGCAGCAGCCUGUCCAUGGCGGCUGUGGACAUUCUCUACAUCGACAUCACCAGGAGGUGGAACUCCAUGGCCCUGGACCAGCGGGACUCAGGUACCUACCUGAUGGUUGCCUCCACCAUUCCCUUGUUGGGUGCCAACCCUUACUGCCAAUCCUACAAACCGGGAGGUCGUCUCCUGCCCGUGCACGGCGUAGUCGGCAUUAAGAGUCGCCUUUCACUGAUGGGGGAAUUGCAGCCCAGGUGGCCGAGGUCUCCCAGCAAGCACCUUGGCUCCCUGCCUGCCGUGGUGGUGCAGGAGGUGGCGCCUUGGGGAGCAGCUCCAGCUGGCUCCUGUGAAGUCCGAGGGAUGUGCCUGCAGGCAUUCGUGGAAGCCUUCUUCUUCCUGGCCCAGCGCAAGUUCAAGCUGCUGCCCCUCCACGAGCAGGUGGCCUCGCUGAUCGACCUGUGCGAAUACCACCUGUCCAUGCUGGACGAAAAGCGCCUGGCCAGCAGCCGGGGCGGCCUGCACCCCCAGGGCGGCCCUCCUGGGGCAGGUUCCCCGCAGCUGGCCGGGGGCAACCCCCCACCCCGCACCUGCGGGGCCAACAGGCUCGGCCAUCCCAGACACGCUCUGUCCUGAGGGGCCCACCCCAGCCCCCAGAAGGCGAGAGGGCGCCCUCCAGGACUCCCUGCCUGCGGAGGGUCGGCGGAAUUCCCGAGUGAGACGCCCCCGUGCUCCGCGGCGCUGCACCCUGCUGGCCUCCCGCGACGCAUCCCUGGUCACACGACCUGUGAAACGUGACAGACGGGCACCUUCUGUUCUGGGCUCACGGGCCGCACCCACUGAGGGCAGCGCUGCUGUGUUCGAGGGUGGGGCACUCACGACCCCCACGAGUCCAGAUCUGCGGGCCGGAAGUGGAGCCUCAGUGGGGCGGGGCCGCUGGGCAUGGCUGCUUCUGGCCCGGGAGUACCACGUGCCCACCACCACCACCACCAAGAAGGCAGCGCGCACCUCCCAGCCCAAUCACCUGCUACCUGGGUGUAGUGAACAGAUUAGCCUCGUUUAUUUCAUUAGCUUGCCUAGUGCUGCAAUGUUCGGUUUGUUGCUAAUUAAGAAAUAAUUAAGAAGUAACUAAUUAAGUAAUGAGGCUCCCAGAGCCUCAGAGCUGACAGGGAGCCUCAAAGGUCACUUUGUUAGAUUUUGUUUGACCUUGACCCCGAAGCAGGGUUGCCACUUCUGGCCUCCCUGACCAGGUGGUCCUGUGGCCCCUGGAUGAGCUCCUGCAUGGGAGGGGCAGCCCGGGGAUGAGGGACAGGGCUCCCUAGGGGAGGACAGAGACCUGGGGAGGCAGCAGGGUGGGCAGGAGUGGGCCUUGUCUGAAGCCCAGGAUCCAGGAGCCCCGUUCCUUGUCUCUGUCUGUGCCCCAGGCCUAUGCCCUCAGAGGUACCAUGGGCCUUCCAAAGCCACGCCCUCCAGGACACUAGGGUAGAAGGGUCAGGGUGGCCUUUUCCCAGAGGGCUCCUUUAGGGGCUGCCAUGAGUCCGGGGGUCCCCACGCUCUGAGUGAGGAAGCAGCUGCACCGUCCGUGCCUGGCACACAGCGGGAGGCAGAAUGUGCCUGCAGGUGCAGGGUGGGGGCCUGGGGCGUGUUCCCCCAUCUUCCUUCUCCUGCAUCUCGUCUUCUCUUCCUUCCUUCUGACGUCCUGUCCUGUCUGCCCGUCCAAGUCCUCUUCACCCAGACCGAUGGGUGCAGUUGGUUCCAGGCCCUUGUGCCCAGUAGAUGCUCAAAAAGCAUCUUGUUGAAAUGAAUUGCUUAGAUUUGCAAAGAGGAGGUUGCUAGCCCCAGCGCUCCCCAAAGGUUGACCAGUUGUUUUACAGUCAGGGUGGGGGGCUCUGUUAACCCUUGCCUGACCUCCUUCCUGCUAGAACCCCACUCUCUCAAGCAGUAAACCCUUCUCCUUGCAGCGUGACCACGUGCAGUGUCCCUGCCACUCCAUUUCUGUCCCUGCUGCUGCUUCCUCUUGCUUCCAGGGAGCGGGGCGGAGCCCACAGGCCGUGGCCCUUCCCAGAGGAGGGGGCCUGGAGCCCAGCCCUGCAGCGGCCACACCAGAGACGGCAGACACCUGUAAAUGACUUUUGUUCUCCCAAGCUGCACGCAGGAGUGGCUGCCGCAGGUGGGAGGGGCAGGGUGCGCCUCCGGAUGUGUAUCGGGUGCUUUUCCAUGUGGGGUGUUUCAAGGCGUCAUCAGCCCGGUUCUCCUGUCGCCUUGGACAGUUGGAUCAUGCUAUUCCUAUUUUCAGAUGAAGAAUAAAAGGCCUUGUAAGGCCACACGGUCAAGA